GCUCUCAAGCUUGUUUGCAAAGUCUCGUGUUUGCAAAUACACAUGCGGAUGUGCGUAUUCAUUGGUACGCGUCUUCCGAAAGCUGGCAAAUACAAAAAGACGUGGGGAAGGACUAGCAAAGAUUACAAGCGAUGGAUUCCAGCGUGCGCGAUCAACUCGAAAGCGAAGUAAUCUACGAUCGUCAUGUUGCGACGUACAAAUGGCUUGCGUCGAAGUUUGAUCUUCAUACAAACACUGCCAAAAGGUAUCUGAAGGAGUUUACGAGCGAGCAAGAAGCCGAUGGAAACAAUGUUACUGGACAUUGUAUUAUUACUGGCAAGCAAGACAAGCUCUACCGCAUCAUCCUGACAGCCAGCCAGUCGGUGCCUGAAACCAGAAAGGACCUGACAACUGUGACAGGAGUUCACGCAUUCAGUGCCCAGCCUUCAAACUUGGAGGACUGCAUAGACAGACUAACAGAAGCGGUGACAUCCACCAUCAAGCUGAGUGUGUGCCCCAUUUACUGUGAAGCGGCGCAGAGGACACGAGGUACGGGAAAGCGUCUCAAUGGAAUCUCAACUGCAGCCGAGAGAAAAGCUGCUUCACCUGCAAAGCCCCCUCCUCGCACACAGGAAUCCAAGACACCGGCACCGCCAAAAAGUGAGCCAGUCAAGGCAGAGAAAGAUAAGCCUACGCCCACAUCUAAGAAGGCCUCAGCCAAAACAAAGCCCAAGCAGAAUGACCUGGCAGCUGCAUUCUCUAAGGCCCGAACUGGAGCUGCAAGCACAUCAGCUAAAUCGACACCACUUCCAGAGAAGAAGAAUGCAGAUGACAACAAAAAGGCCCCCAAAGCUGCAUCUUCUGGCGGCGAGGCGACGAAGAGGAAGAGUGUCGACAAGAGUCCGAGUGAGAAGGCCACGCCAGAGAAGAAGCGAGUGAAGACUGAGCCGCCAACUUCUCCCGAGGUGUCCUCUGCGACAAGGAAGAAGCCAUCACGGCGACACGUCAUCAGUGACUCUGAAGAUGAGGACGACGAAACGACACAGUCAACCACUCCAGCCAGCUCAGAAAUUUUGAAGAGCAGUGCUACAUCCAGUGUGGCCACGAGUGAGGGUGACAAGUUUUCGGCAAAGUCUUCACCAGACUCGGGCACCCAGGGUGGUCAGAAGAAGCGCCGCCGAGUGAUGAAGUCUGUGAAGAAGACUUUCAAGGAUGAGGAGGGAUUUCUGGUAACCAAGCUGGUAAAGGAACUGGUGAGCGAGUCUGAUGAUGACGAAGAUCCUCUUCCCAAGGCCUUGAGAGAAAAGACUGCCCCAGAGAAACCAGCUGGGAAAAAGAAGGCAGCGGCAUCGGGAGACAAGAAGCAGCAGUCGCUGCUAUCAUUCUUUGGAAAGAAAUAGGAAAAGAAGCUGAGAAAAAGACUGGCACUUCAUUGUGGUGUGACCUUUUAGCAUUAAACUUCUUUGUUGAUAAAGACACA